AGAUUUUAUUUCAGUUCUGCAAAUACCCAUUGAAAGAGCCCAUAUCAAGGAGGUAGCAUCAGCUGGGAAUCUUGAAAGAGGAUAUCAAUGGCAUCAAUGGCUGCCACUGCCAGCUCCACCACUGUUGUAAGGGCAACCCCUUUCUUGGGCCAGACCAAGAACGCCAACCCUCUUAAGGAUGUUGUCUCCAUGGGAAAUGCCAAAUACACCAUGGGUAAUGACUUGUGGUAUGGACCUGACCGGGUGAAGUACUUGGGACCAUUCUCAGCUCAGACUCCUUCUUACCUGACUGGGGAAUUCCCUGGCGACUAUGGCUGGGACACUGCCGGUUUGUCUGCUGAUCCUGAGGCCUUUGCCAGGAACAGGGCUCUUGAGGUGAUCCAUGGGAGAUGGGCCAUGCUAGGAGCCCUUGGAUGCAUCACCCCAGAGGUUCUUGAGAAAUGGGUAAAAGUUGACUUCAAGGAGCCUGUAUGGUUCAAGGCUGGAGCCCAAAUCUUCUCAGAGGGUGGGUUGGACUACUUGGGCAACCCCAAUCUUGUGCAUGCUCAAAGCAUCUUGGCAGUUCUUGGAUUCCAGGUUGUGCUCAUGGGACUUGUGGAAGGAUUCAGAAUCAAUGGCCUGGAUGGAGUUGGAGAGGGCAAUGAUCUCUACCCCGGUGGCCAGUACUUCGACCCCCUUGGUCUGGCUGAUGACCCAGUGACUUUUGCUGAGCUCAAGGUGAAGGAAAUCAAGAAUGGAAGGCUGGCCAUGUUCUCCAUGUUUGGAUUCUUUGUUCAGGCUAUUGUGACAGGGAAAGGCCCCCUGGAGAACCUGUUGGACCACCUUGAUAAUCCUGUUGCCAACAAUGCUUGGGUCUAUGCCACCAAGUUUGUCCCUGGAUCAUAAGAUCAUGGAUCAGUUUAGUGGUGUGAAUGCAAGAAAGUAAAGAGAUUGUAGAACAUGUAUGGGAAGUUGAUAAUAUCUUACCUGAUUGAUUGAAUUCAAUGACAAAGUUCAUUGUUGCGAGCA